AUGCCUCUUCCAAUCUUCAAACAACCAAACGAUGGCGAAGAGGAGAUGAAGAAGAGCUGGAUUCGUCACGAAAAACUGUGUGCUCAAUUAGAAGCGUGCUCGCUGGAUUUGAAGCAAAACGAGGCGCAGAUGGAUAUUCUGACAGAGACUGGAAGUGAAUUGAAGGAGAAACACAAAAAGAUAAGAGGAUUGUUGGAGAAUGCAAAGGCGAAAGGUGAGUUGUUGGAACUUUUGGAGAUCUAGAGAUCUGGGGGCUUUCUGAUUUCAAAAUUUGAAUUUUCUGAAUUCAGGGAUCAUCUUUAAGUUCAAAAAUUUGAAAUUUAAAAAUUUCCUAGCUUCCAACUUUUGAAAAUUUCCUGAAUUUCAAACUUUUCCCUGAAGACUAUAAAUUUCUGAAAAUUCCAGAAUUUCAAAAAAAAAUUGAAUUCGGGUUACUGUAUCCAAAUGACGAAAAUUCUGGUUUCAAAAUAAAAAUUUACGCGCCAAAUUUCAGAAUUUCAAAAAAUGUUCUGGCUUCUCUGGCUUUUCUGCGUCUCUAUCUUUCUAAUUUCACUAACCCUCUAUCUCUCUGCGUCUCUUACUUUCCCCUGUUCUCUAGUUUCUCCAGCUUCUCUGUGUCUCUGCGUCUCUAACCCUAUAAUUGCUAUCCUCUUUAGAGCUAUCUAAAUAUAACCCUCUAGCUUCUCUGCGUCUCUAACUCUUCUCUCUAUCUCUAGCCUCUCUAGCUUCUCUGUGUCUCUCAAACAUUGUGCUCUCUAGCUUCACUGAUUAUCUCUGCGUCUCUAACCCUUCUCCCUAUCUCUCUUUAUCUCUAGCCUCUCUAGCCUCUCUGCGUCUCUAUCUCUCUAGCUUCUCUAACUUCUCUGUUUUCUCUGCGCCUUUUCAUAUGCUCUUGUUCUCUACCCUCUCUAGCUUCUCUGCGUCUUUCCAACAUCAUUCUCUCUAGCCACUCUAGCCUCUCUAGCCUCUCUAGCCUCUCUAGCCCCUCUAGCCUCUCUGUUUUCUCUGCGCCUCUUCACAUGCUCUUGUUCUCUAGCUCUCUAGCUUCUCUGCGUCUCUCCAUCUCUCCAUCUCUCUCCAUCCGUGACUUUUGACUUUUCUUGAUUGUUUGUGAGCAGAAAAAAAGUAGAAAAAUGUCAAUGUCUAUAUUUUAUUCCCCCCUAAUUGCUAGUUUCCCCCAUGUCACUUUCAGUCAAGUCACCAACCGAAAAAAAGAAGGAAAAUUAUAGAUAGAAAAGGGAUUUCUGCAGAUCAACAAGAAGAGUUGACGCAACUCUCGAAGGAGAUUGAAAACGUGGAAACGCAGACGCGUGUCUGGUUGAAUGAGUUACACGAAGUGCAUGAUAAACGAGUGGAAAUUGAUGUGAGUUUGGAUGUUUUUUUGCAGGGGGAAAAUGGAAAUGAGAUGAAUAAUUAAGCAGAGAAAGGACAUUUGAGUGAAAGAAAAAUUGAAAAAUAAUGAUGAAAAUUGAGGGGGUUAAAGGCACAUACAGUAUAAACAUCAGCUAGAUAGUUAGAGACGCAGAGAACCUGGCCGCUGACGCGGAAGCUUGCGAUUUACACUCGCCCAGAGCGCUCGAUUAGAGAUCAUGUGGGAUUUAGAGACGCAGAGGAGUCAGAGAGCUAAGGACGCAGAGAAACCAGACGCCUAGAGAGCUAGAGACGCAGAGAAACUGGCCGCUGCGCGGAAGAUAGUGCCGCUGACGCGGAAGCUUGCGGUUUACACUCGCUCCUAUCGACUAGAGAGCAUGUGGGAUUGAGAGACGCAGAGAAACCUGAAGGCUAGAGACGCAGAGGGCUAGAGAUGCAGUUAAACUGGCCGCUGCGCGGAAGCUUGCGGUUUACACUCGCUCCGCUCGACUAUAGAGCAUGUGGGAUUGAGAGACGCAGAGAAACCUGAAGGCUAGACAGCUAGAGAGCUAGAGUCGAAAAGAAGUCAGAGAGCUAGAGAGCUAGAGUCGAAAAGAAAUCAGAGAGCUAGAGAUGCAGAGACAUCAGACGGCUAGAAAGUUAGAGACGCAGAGAAACUAGCCGCUGCGCGGAAGUAUGCGGUUUACACUCGCUCCGCUCGACUAGAGAGCAUGUGGAAUUGAGAGACGCAGAGGAGUCAGAGAGCUAGAGAUGCAGAAAAAACAGAGAGCUAGUGACGCAGAGGAACCAGACAGCUAGAAAGUUAGAAAGUUAGAGACGCAGAGACAUCAGACAGAUAGAGAUAUCAGACAGUCAUAGAGCUAGAGUCAAAGAGAAAUCAGAAAGCUAGAGACGCAGAGAAAAUUCCCCCCGAAAAAAUACGUUUCAAAUUUUCAAUAUCUCUAAAAUUUGGCUGUUUAAACGAUACCACCUCGUCAGUUUGUUCAAAAACAAAAUUAAGAACGCUGUGAAAACACCGUGACGCAAAAAUGCACAGAAAUCUUGGGAGCCUGGAAUUUGGGAGCUCUGAAGAUCUUAGGAAUGCUGAAGAUCUUAAAAUUACGAACCUGGAAGAUCUUAGGAACCCUAGAAUGUUAAGAACCCGGAAAUCCAGGCAGCUUCUUGAUCUUCAAAAAAUAUUCUAAAUAGAUUUCUGGUAGAUCUUGGGUCUUGAGCUUCUUGAAGUUCAGAAGUUCAGAAGUUAGAGCUGGUACUUACUCGAUCUUGGGAUUUUUUAGGAUCCUAAGGUUCUUCAGAACCCUAAAGAUCUUAAGAACCAUGAACUUCUUCAGAACCUUGAAGAUCUUAGAAAUCCCCAAAACCGUUUAUUUUUCCAGUGUCAAAUGAUUCGACUAGGCGCCGAGGUGAAGAAAAACGAAACCUACGUUCAAUUAGCAUGUAUAGACAUUGAAAGAAUGGAAUUGCGACAUGAGAUCAGGUAACUUCCCUAAUUUCUUUAAGAGUUUUUAAGGCCUUAACUGCUUUAAGAGCUCUAUUUUUAUUUAUUUUUGUUUCAGAUGGAAGAAAUUCCUGCAAAACAGCAAAUAA